AUGUCCCGCAAACAGCAAAAGCUGGACGUCUUCACUCGUUCGCAGGUAGAGGACUUGAUCAACAAGGGCCAACUCAUCGUCAUCUCGAAUGAUCAGGUACUCCGGUUAGACAAAUGGGCCGACCGGCACCCAGGAGGACGCCUACCCAUCUUGCACAUGGUGGGCAAGGACGCCACCGAUCCUUUGGCCGUCUACCAUAGCGUCGACAUCCUACAGCAGAUGUGUCGGUACCGCAUCGGUGUCAUCAACGAGCCCUGGAUCGAUCUCGAGCCUCCUAUUUCCCGAACAUCCUUCAACCUAGAAACAACCGACGGAAGUCGUCCCUUUGUACCGGUGCUAGGGCAAGUCGCAGCGAAGACGAGCCCCAAAGACAAGCACGUGCAGAGUGUUGUAACAGACAUCAGUCAUGUCCCAGACACCUCUACUACUCCCCAACCCGAAUGGCUUGAGCUCCGGUCCAACGUCACGAAGCAGAUGAGAGAAGACAGCGACGACCACACCUACUCAUCUGCUCUCGACCAUCUGCGCCAGCUAGAGAUCGACCUAGACCAGAGCGAGUAUCCCGCAGCCGAUGCGGCCACUCAACGAGCAAUCUCACUCGAGUUCCGGGAUCUACAUCAAACGGUGCGAGAGCGAGGCUUGUACACAUGUCGAUUGUCGAAUUAUGCCAAAGAACUAGUGCGAUAUUCCACGCUCUUUUCCCUCUUCCUCGUGGCCUUCCGAUAUGGCUGGACUCUCACAUCGGCAGUCUUCCUUGGGCUGUUCUGGCAUCAGAUCAUGUUCUCCGCCCACGACGCUGGUCAUCUAUCCAUCACGCACAACUUCAAGAUUGAUACUGCGAUCGGCAUCUUCAUCGCAGACUUUUGUUGUGGCCUUUCGAUGGGCUGGUGGAAGAGUAGCCACAAUGUGCAUCAUCUAGUUCCAAACCACCCUGAGCACGACCCAGACAUUCAGAAUGUUCCCCUCUUCUCCACGUCGUCUACGUUCUGCAAAUCUCUCCGCUCAACCUACUAUGGCAGUAUCUUUCCUUGGGAUAAAGCCGCCGAUAUCAUGGUACGCAUCCAAGAAUACACAUACUACCCGGUCAUGGGUCUUGCCCGAUUCAAUCUCUAUUUCCUGUCGUGGGGCUACCUCAUCUCCGACAAAGCCACCCGACUUCCCAGCAGUACGUGGACGCGACCCUUGGAAGGCUUCUGCAUGCUCUGCUACUGGUAUCUGUUCGGCUAUCGCUUGGUUUGGCUAUCGAUCCCUUCCUGGCCUCUCCGCAUAGGCUUUGUCCUCAUCAGCCACAUUGCAACCAUGCCUUUACAUGUUCAGAUUACUCUAUCUCAUUGGGGUAUGUCAACGACCGACCUUGGGUCUGCGGAAUCCUUUGCGCAGAAACAAUUACGGACGACCAUGGAUGUCAACUGUCCGGCUUGGCUGGACUUUAUCCAUGGCGGAUUGCAAUUUCAAGCAGUACAUCACCUGUUCCCUCGCCUGCCCCGCCACAAUCUGCGCGAGGCUCAGUCUCUGGUGAGAGACUUUUGUAAGCGUGUAGGAGUCAAGUACACGAUCUUCAAUUUUGUGGAGGGCAAUGAGGUAGUCCUUGGACGUCUAGGAGAGAUCUCCAAGCAGUUGGAGAUAUUAGCUCUAUGCCAAAGAGAUAUGUCUCUCAACAAGGUCUAG